AUGAAGCUGCUUUCGACUCUCCUCAUUGAGGCUGUCUUCUCAAAGCUCCGCGCCGAUGGAGUACCAGAAAAGCUCGUUCGCUUGCCCGAUGACAUGAAUGAACAAGCAAGUGCUCCAAUUCGAACACCAGCCGGAUAUGCAACACCAUUCGAGGUGGUAACUGGAGUAGGACAAGGGGCUGUGGCAGGACCCUUCCUGUUCAAUUUCGCCAUCGACGACAUUAUGCGAAGAAGAGUCGAUGGGUGUCCUGCCUACAGAAGGGUGCCCCUUGACUGA